AUGCAUUGUGUUUUUUUGGGAGUUGUUAAACAAAACCUGAGGUUAUGCUUCGAUUCUUUGUUCAGCGGAUGCGAAUUUUCUUUACGGAAAAGUAUCAAGUAUGUUGAUGAAAAGAUAAAAAGUAUUAAACCACCUUCUUACACGUCACGAUUACCACGCAGCGUUUCUGAUUAUAAGUACUGGAAAGCAUCUGAGUUGAAAAAUUGGCUUUUAUACUAUUCACUCGUGAUUUUAAAACCUAUCAUGACUGCUGUAUAUUACGAACAUCAUAAACUUCUAGUGUUAGCUAUAAGUUAUUUGAGUCAAAGCAGCAUUUCUCAAGUGAUAAUUGACGCCGCACAAAAAGCAUUGGACAAAUACGUCAGGCAAUAUCCAAAACUGUGUGAUCCUCAACACAUGACGUGUAAUCUUCACCAAUUACGCCAUUUAGCCAAAGAUAUCUUCAAUUUAGGGCCUUUACCUAUAUUUUGA